CCCUCCCCCUUGGCGGGCGCUCUCAGGCCGCGCGGGCAGCGCGAGCCCCGAAGCCCCGGCGGCCUGUGCGCCCCGAGCCGGCAUGGACCCUGAGCGCUGCGCGCCUUUCGGCUUGGGGCCCGAGUCUGGCCCCUACGCGGCCGCGGGGGACGAGCCUCCGGGCCCCCAGGGGACCCCCACCUCCGCGCCUCACCUGCACCCCGCGCCGCCCCGCGGCCCGCGGCUGACCCGCUUUCCAGCCUGCGGGCCCCUGGAGCCCUACCUCCCAGAGCCGGCCAAGCCGCCCGCCAAGUACCUGCAGGACCUCGGGCCCGGCCCGGCGCUCAACGGCGGCCACUUCUACGAGGGCCCCGCGGAAGCUGAGGAGAAGGCCUCCAAAGCUGCCAGCUUCCCCCAGCUGCCCUUGGACUGCCGAGGGGGCCCCAGAGACGGGCCCUCUAACUUGCAAGGCUCCCCAGGCCCCUGCCUGGCAAGCCUGCGCGUCCCUCUGUCCCCGGGACUCCCAGACUCCAUGGAGUUGGCCAAGAACAAGAGCAAGAAGCGCCGUAACCGCACGACCUUCAGCACGUUCCAGCUGGAGGAGCUGGAGAAAGUCUUCCAGAAAACCCACUACCCUGAUGUGUAUGCCCGGGAGCAGCUGGCUCUGCGCACGGACCUAACGGAGGCCCGGGUACAGGUGUGGUUCCAGAACCGAAGAGCCAAGUGGCGGAAACGCGAGCGUUAUGGGAAGAUCCAGGAGGGGCGGAGCCCCUUCACAUCUGCCUACGACAUCUCUAUGCUGCCCCGAACAGACAGCCACCCCCAGCUGCAGAACUCCCUGUGGCCCAGCCCAGGGUCUGGGAGCCCUGGGGGCCCCUGCCUCGUAUCUCCAGAGGGCAUCCCCUCCCCAUGCAUGUCUCCAUACUCCCACUCUCAUGGGAAUGUGGCUGGCUUCAUGGGGGUGCCAGCCUCCCCUGGAGCCCACCCUGGCAUCUACUCCAUCCAUGGCUUUUCCCCUCCCCUGGGGGGCCACAGCUUUGAGCCUGCCCCGGAUGGCGACUAUAAGUCUCCAAGCCUCGUCUCGCUAAGGGUGAAGCCCAAGGAGCCGCCCAGCCUGCUGAACUGGACCACGUGAUUGGCUGUGUGGACACGCAGACUGAGCUGCCCACCCCCUUUUCCGUUCCCAGCUGCUCUCACCUCACCCCAGUUUGGGCGCCAGAGAGAACACUGCCUCAAAGCCCCAGAUGGUUCCUGGAGGCCCGGGCAGAGUGGCUGGGACCUCUCAGGCUCCUGCAAGGAACAAGCUAAGGAGUCUUUUGUCUUAGAAUAAGGUGGGGCUGCCCAGGAGAAAGGGGGAUUCAAAGCAGGUAGGCCUCUUCCUACCACAUACUGGGUCCCCUCACCCAGACUCUGGUCUAGAAGGAGGAAGACAUUGUCCUGCUUCCUUCAGACUUCAUCCAAGUUUAACUGUCAUCCCUCCAGCUGAAACAGCUUAACUGGCUCCUCAUUCAGGGAACCCAAGAAAAUGGGAGGAGGAGGAGGACACAGGUUGAACUAGGAGGAGUUCCUUGUGACUUUGGGGAAACCAGUCUUGUAUGACCACCUAGGACCGGCUUCACUUCCCCCUCCCACCACCAGGGGGCGUGCACCCAGUGUCUGGCACUGACAAGGGCCUGGAAGCCCCAGGUCAGUGUAAAAGGUGCCCAUCUCCCCAGCUCCAGCCAUCCCUUACUCCUGCCCUCUGCCCCCUCCUGCAACAUGCUAUGGAGUCCUCUUCCCCCUCCUAGGGGGCAGAAAUUCCACCAGAAACCACCAAAUAUUUGGAUUCUCUUCCACGGAAUCAAGCCAGAGCUAUGCCAUGGAAACCGUAAGCUCCCUUGAUUUACUCAUUGGAUUGUUGCAUGUUGGUAAGAAUGAAACAGAUUUCCACAGACUCUGAGCCCCUGAGAUCUUGACCCCCACUUCUGUAAAGAUCCUUUUGUAAAAAAUGUGCUGCCCAGCAUAAUAAUAAAGGUGGCAGUAGUUUUUUAUACCAGGUGAUUGUGUAUCCUCAGAGUUUGGCACUCAGUUGCUCUAGAGCUGGUCUGUGCCUGGGGUCCAGGCUGGCCAGGCCCUCCUGAGAGGCUGGCAGAGAUCCAGGAGGCUAGGGGAAGGUGUGCCUGCAGCAAAGCCCCCAAGGCUGAUGCAUACCAUGCCUGGCCCUAUCACCUGCCCAGGGUCUCUGUGGCUUCAGCAGUGCAGGGAAGCAGUGAGGAGUCUAGCUCUAGGGCUGGGCUCAUCUGGAGGGUAAAAUUGGGGGUGGGAAAGGGAGUGAGAAAGCUGAGGUAAGCUGUGGCUGAACUGACAAUAGAGGGGAGGCGGAAUGGAAGACCAGGGAGCCCACCAAGGGCUCUGAGCUCCCCAUGGGCGGGGACCCCAGGGCAGUGGGGGUGGGGCAGCUUCCUUCUCCCAGACGUCCCAGGAGCAUAUCUAAGCUGUGGGGCAGAGACAAAAGCCAGGACUCUUUCUUGUGGUUUCAGAGUAUUACCCAUUCUAUCCUUCAUCCUCACUUUCUGCCUUAUCUCCACAGCCUGGAAGGCAGGAAACAAGCAGGCCUGGCCCUCCCACCCUCCCGGUAAACACAACCACAUUGCUCAGAGGAGCUCAGCCUUAGCUAGCAGCCCACCCCGCACCUCUUCUUCCAGGCACAGAAAAACCCAAGCACCAAGACACCAUGAGCCAUGCUUAUUCUCAAGGAGGGUGCAAGUCCCCCAUCAGAUUGGAUUUUCCAGCCAAGACAGUCACUGUGACAAGGCUCAAGCAUCCCUCAGAGUGUCUUCCCUCUUCUCUGUCCUUCAUUUGAGGGCCUGGCUUCUGGUGAUUUCUCUCCUCUGUACUGACGCUGGCUCUAAGGUCCUGGUGUGAGCCCUGUGUUCAGCAGGAAGGGAGCAGUCCGGGUAGUAGGAAGAGGCAGCCCCAGCUACCUCCGAUGAACAGAACCACCCUCCUCCAGCUGGUCAAUAAUGAACAGGGGCUCAAACCCACAUUCUAACUCCAGGGCUAAGAACACUGCACUAGAAGUUUCUUCACCCAAGGAGUGGCCAGUAAAGUUUUUGAUUUUCUGUCUUACAAGUCAGCGAGAUGCAGAGAGAGAUCCAUUUGUUCUACGAAUAUUUAUUGAGUGCCCGCUCUGUGCCAGGCAUUGUGCUGGUGCCAGAGAUAGAGCGAUGGUCAAGAAAAACAUGAUUUCCUCUCUCUCACAACUUAGAAAGGGAGAGACGGAGAGAAGGAAGAGGAAGGGAUCUGUGAAAGUCCGAGCACAGGAAGCAGAAGUGGGGAAGAGACAGAUGCGAGAAGAAAAUAAAGUCGAGCCAGAGAUCAAUGCAGCAAGAGUGGAAGGGGCGGGCAGGAGCCGGCCCUGUGCGGGAGGGAGGCCCUGCAGGGGGAGGACACAGGGAGGCCAGAGACCAGCUACUGGCUCCCAUCCAGGGGCAUCUGCCCACAGCUCAUAUUUUUCUGUCCAGUGACAGCUAAAUGAAGAGAAAGCUAACUUUACAACCGCCCACUUCACACAUAAUGAAUAUGAAUGGGCAUCUCGGAGCCUGUUCCCUGGGAUUAUCUGUGAGCUGAUGGGUUCUCCCACUGACUGGGCCAUCCCAGCCGGCCUGUCCCCUGGCUGGGACAUGGGCAGCCCUUCCACCUGCUUUCCAUUAGCUGCCCUUCCAUCCUCCCCUCCUCCUCCACACCCUAGGCGUCUCACCCCUAAGACACAGCCCCCAGGUCUCCAGAUGCCCCCGUCCCCAGCCUCACUCCAGAGGCUACUUCAGCCCUCAGCCUAGGCCUCAUGUUUCCCCAAGGCCAGGCUGGGGAUCUGGUCACCCUUUCUGAAAAAGGAAAAGGGAAGUGGCCCCACCUGGAAUCCCAACUUUAAGAGAGUUGCUAGGCUCAAUCUCCCUUUCACCCCUCUUCUCCACCCCAGUGAGGCCCACCCAGAGAAGCCCUAAAUCUUGGUCCCAGCAGGGGCAUGGACACCAGGGCCCAGAGAGAAGGGCCCUAGCC